UCAUGAGUUUUGAAAAUUGUGUACAAGCAUGUACUAGUAUAAUUCAAAUGAAAACCCCAAAAUGGUUGUUUGUUCAUGGAAGCUCGCUCAAUACCUUAUUUUCCUCCAACUUAUCACAAGCAGCUUUGUUGUUUGUUUUUUUUAGUUGGUCUGUGUAUUUUUUUUCACUCUGCUGCCUUGACAGCUGAUUGGUUGUCUGUUGUCGUGGAGAUGGCAGGGACCGUAGGUGGGGGUCGAGCUCUGGGAUAAAUAGCUUGGGGUUUGCAUGAUGGAGAGGAGAGCAUCCGACCUCUUCAUACUUGAUAAAAACUUGCCAAGUGAAGUUCACAUUGGGAUCUUUUUACAUGUGAGAGAAAAAAAUGAUACUGAUAUUUCUUCUGUAAGUUUGUCCUAAUUCAUGCGGUCAGCCUGGAUGAUGGAGAUUCAUGCCGACGUGCCCUCUGGGCGACUGCUCACGCUGUUACUCCCACUCUGCUUCUUGAGCCUUCACGGGUCAGCCAUCGACACAGUAAAUGUUGUGGACUUCUGUGGUCAGACUAUCCGGGGUGAUGGCAUGAUCAUCAACUCCCAUCAGGAAUCUAAAAAGUACUACUUUGUAACGAUGGGGACCGACUGCCACCUCACAAUGCAGGCCAGUUCCCCAAAGGACAAGGUCCAGUUCCACUUCCGCUUCUUCCUCGUCUACAGUUUGUUGCGAGUAGCCCCUCUGAGUUCAGCCCCUCCGUUACCUGAAUCUCCACGUGGCUCUGCUCCCCUCAACCACAAAAUGGAGCCCACCGCUGAGGAAAACUCAGGGGAUCCUUGUCAUGCAGGCUCGUUUGUACAAUUUUAUGAUGGAUCGGACAGGAACUCUCCUCCUCUUGGGCCUCCUCUUUGUGGGAAGAGCCCACCAAGGCCGGUGCUUUCGACAGGAAACUACCUAACCCUGCGACUUGUCACCCGCGGGACUCAACCCAGAGUGGAUUUUGUGGGGGACUUCACAUCGUUCAGACUUGGAUUCAAUCAAACUUUGUGCAGUAGUGAGCCGUACUUCACUUGCAGGAAUGGAAAGUGUAUCCCACUCAGUUUAGUGUGUGACGAUAAAGGCAUUGACAACUGCGGGGAUGGAAGUGACCUGGAGGAAAAUCUAACGACUGGGUGCAAAGCAGGUCAGCUUCUACCUCCAGAACCACCAACACCAAUAGCAACACCGCCACCAUCUUCUGUGAAUCCCCCCACGGUGCCAAUUCCGACACACUUCAACUGCGGAAUUGCAAAGACUACUCCUAGUUAUGACCCGGUGUCAGACUCUCCAGCCUCUGUGUCGUUGUUGGUGCUCUACAUCAUCCUCGGUGUGAUGGCAGGAUGUGCAGUGCUCUGUUGGUGCUGCUGGUCACCCGGAUGGUUCGUAUGGCGGAUAAGUAUUUUUCGUUUUUUGCCGUGCUGCAACUCUGCCUGCGCCUCCUGCCAACUCUGCGCUCGCAGCUGCACUGAGAGCAAGGACCACUGCCUGUCAAAAGUCACUCCACAAUCACCUCAGAAUGGAACCCCGGCAGCUGUGAUAGUUACUAACGCAGAUGAAGCUCUUUCAGCUGCGGCAUUUUAGAAAACAAAGGACAGCUUCAUCACAUUUGGUUAAACACUUAUACAGUGAGGAGCAAUCAGUGAUUACUGAACAUGGACACAGACAGUACUGAGCACAACAAUCUUUUUGAAAUGGUUAAAAAAUAGCUGAAAGCAUUUGAGUACAGGAAAUACUGUUCAUGUGCUCUACAUUGAAGUGUUUAAUAGAAUUAUGUUGGAUUGUAUUAAACUUCAGAAUCGUC